UCCGUAGCAAACUUUUCUUCGUUUCUCUGCAAGGACCAAAGCGAUGAUGAACAAAUCCGGUGGUGCCGGUGGCGGUAGAGUAACCGAACCGGCGGCCGCUGCAGCCGCCGCUGCCUUACAGAAGCAAAAGGCGUUGUUACAGAGAGUAGAGACUGACAUCACAUCUGUCGUCGAUAACUUCACCCAAAUCGUCAAUGUCGCGAGGGUGAGUGAUCUUCCCGUUAAGAACUCUCAGGACGCUUACAUGAUGGAGAUGCGAGCUUCUAGAAUGGUUCAAGCAGCUGAUUCUAUUUUGAAACUCGUAUCAGAGCUGAAACAAACAGCUAUCUUCUCUGGAUUCGCAUCACUCAACGAUCAUGUAGAACAAAGAAUCGCAGAGUUUGAUCAGGAAGCUGAGAAGACAAAUCGAUUGUUGGCUAGAAUAGGCGAUGAUGCAUCAGCCAGUCUUAAAGAGCUUGAGGCUCACUACUACUCUUCUGCUCAGAGGUUGACUCCAGAUAUUUAAAAAGGAUUUAGCCCAAAUCUCUAGUCCACUAUGAAAAACUGGUUUUAAUGGGCUUUUUAACAUCAUCUAAGCUUAUUUGUAUUCCAACUUGUUUCAUUCGUGUACGCCAUAGCAGAAAGGUAAUUCAGAUGAUUCAACUUGAAAAAGAUUAAUACUCUCUUUUUUUAAAUUCACGACGUGCUCACCAAUCAUCGUUGACAAUGAAAGCUUUUUUGUUAUAUACG